CUUUUGCUCGCAAAUAUGGACGCCAUAAUAAAGGAUGCUGUACGCGAGGAGCUUAGAAAACAGCAAGAAACUAAGAAAGGUGAAAGUAAAAGCUCGGAAAGUAAGGGAGAAUUGCCAGUCGCAACUCAGAAAACAGAAAGGACGGUAAAUCGCUUGAGCGGCCUACUCCAUCGAAUACGAAACCGCUCCAAAGGAGCGGCCAGCACAAGCAGGAAAAAGCCUAAAACAGAUAAACAACAUCGAAUACAAAUACGAUGGAUGCAUUAUGACGAAGAUAAAGACAAAUAUAUUCCUGUGCGAAACAAGCAUGGUGGCGGAAACCGCUAUAUUAAUUACAUGGAUUCACAACCGUUAACUUUACGGCAAAUUCUGGACAAAGCUUGUGAAUUGUUCUUUCCAAAAGGUAAAAGCCAUUUUGGCUUACUUGAAGAUAUGUCCAAAGUAGUCACAAAUUCUGCUGGUGAAGUUAUUCAUUCGUUUCCUAGCGGUGGUACGAUUGCCGAUUACCUACAUGAGAAUGGUUUGUAUCCUUCCUUAACAUAUCUAUACUUAAGAACAGUAUUUAUUCACCCAGAAGAGGAUGAAGAGCAGAGCUUAACCCAAAUGACAGAUACUGGCUCUGCAAUUGUAGAAGCCGUUGACAGUAGUGACACUUAUCUGGAUUUUGAGGGUGAUGACCUUGGUGUAAGUGGUGCCUCACCCACCACUCAAUACUUAGCUCCAAAUCACCCAUCACCAUUAAUAGGUUUUCCUCCAUCCACUACAAAUUUUCCUCCAUCCACUACAAGUUUUCCUUCAUCCACUACAAGUUUAGUCCCAUCAACUACAAGUUUCCAUUCAUCUACCACAAUUUUUCCCCCAUCGACUACAAGUUCCCCUCCACCAGAUUCAUUGUUCAAUAGUCCACAGUACAGAAUAGUGUGUUCCAAAUGCUAUUGUACUAAUCUUCCUGGUGAAGAUUGUCUUCGAUGCAAACAGGAUGAGGAAUAUAAUGCUUCAUUAAAGCUUGAUGAACAGAAACAUAUGGGAAAUUCAACAGAUGCCGAUGAGCCCACUGAGAGUACAGCUAUUUAUCCCAACCUCGAUGAAAUAAGGACACAUCGGAUUGCUUACCUUUCAAGAAGUGUUUCCUUCGAUGGUAAUAAUGAGACUCAACCCAAUCUAUCAGUCAUUAAUUCCUGCAGUAGCCCUCCUGAUAAUGAAAAUUUUCCUGGUGAUAUAGAGACUUUAAUAGCCAACCAACACGAAUCACAAAAUGAACAGGAAUUUCAUACUGCUCAUCCACCGUCCAGUCCAAAGGAAGUUCAAGUUGUUAAAGUGCACCGUUCCCGUAUAUGCAAGGAUAUGGUAAGCUACUUCCAAGAUGAGAGCAUCCUAACAAGUUCCAUAGUUUUUGAAAUUAUUGAUGAUCGUGGAAUUCCCGAAAAAGGUGCUGGAGUUGGUGUGGCUCGUGACGUGUUUUCACUUUUUUGGAAAUCGUUCGGAGAUUCGAUGACUAUUGGAGAAAGAGAAAGAGUGCCCUUUGUACGUCACGACCACUUUGUGAGUGAAUGGCAAGCUAUUGGUAGAAUUCUUGUUUUAGGUUACAAGAUGGUAUCUUAUUUUCCUCUGAUUUUAUCAAAGGCAUUUAUGGGAUAUUGCCUAUUUGGCGAUUCAGUUCCCGAUUCAGCUGUGAUAAGUUCUUUUAAGAAGUAUCUUUCAGUUGAUGAACAAGAGUUGAUUGAGAAAUGCCUUAAUAAGCAGGAAUAUGAUAGUGAAGAUCUUGAGGACUUUUUGGAGCGAUUUAACUGCAGAACACUGAUAAAUGAAAACAAUUGUCUGAAAGUGAUCACUGAAAUUGCCAAACAAGAGCUUAUCCAGAAACCUCAUAUCAUGUUGUCUACAUGGCAGCUCAUUCUUUCUGAACUCAAGGCAUAUGCACCAUUUCAGUCUUUUGAUAAGUUGGAGGCCCUCUACGAAUCUGUAAAGCCAACAAAUAAGAAAGUUCUUCAACUUUUGCAAGCCCAACCAAAUACCGAGGGAGAACGAGAUGCUCUGAAGUUCCUACAGCGUUAUAUUAGAGGCUUAGAUGCAUGCAACCUUGGUCAUUUUCUUCGUUUUACCACAGGUGCUGAUAUUUUAAUUGUGGAACAUUUAACUGUUUCAUUUGUAAAAUUUGAUGGGGUAUAUAAAUCUCCUAUAGCACACACAUGUGGACCUGUGUUAGAGCUGCCUUCCACAUUCCAAGAUUUUUGUGAAUUACGAAACACGUUCAACAAUAUAUUAUCCAAACCUGACUGGGAACUUGACAUUGUUUAGGUUUUGAACUUAUGUGUGACGCAUUAACUGUAAUCUAUGAAGUGAUUAGUCUAUAGAUACAUUGUACUUUUCAGUUGCCAUUCAUAUUAAUUGACUGCAUAGUUUUAGUUGGGUAAAAAACUAACCGCCCCGCGCUUUAUAUUGUUAAGGUUUUUUGUUUUUAAAAGUGUAUGUAAGAUCACAGUUGAAUUUCUUUUAACUGUAGUGAAAUAUAAGUGAGUAAGGCCUGGAGCUGUGUGUUAUGCGAAUAAAAUAUGACAUAACUUCUUUUAAGUGCUUAAAAAACUCCUACUUGUAUAGCCGACCCCCGAUCACGGUUAUUACUCUCUGCAUGCGCUUUUAAGUAAGGUUAUAUUAGUAAUACAAAUAAUAACACUUUGUAGUAUAUUGUUGUAUAGUUUCAUAUUGGUGUUU